AAUCCAUUACCAUGUACAAGCAGUAACCAAUAGAAAAGGAAGAAGAAGAUCCAAGGAGGCUGAGGUAAGCAGUCUUCUGAAGCCCUGUCAAAGUGGAAACAAUAGAUCAAAGGUGUUCAUAGUGAAUGGUACGAGUAGGUUUCACUGUUUCUCACAGCAGGCUUGACAGCUUAAAGUAAAAACAAAUUAUUUUCGUCAAAGAUUUUUUUUUUUCUCUUAAGUGAUUUUUAGCAAACUUCAGACUCAGACACAGGACUCAACGGUGUAUUCCUGGAAGGCAAGGUGCUAUAAUGGCAGGCACAAUCUGUUUCAUCUUGUGGGUGUUAUUCAUAACAGACACUGUGUGGACUAGAAGUGUGAGGCAGGUCUAUGAAGUACACGAUUCAGAUGAUUGGACUAUUCAUGACUUCGAGUGUCCCGUGGAAUGUUUCUGCCCACCCAGUUUUCCUACUGCUUUAUAUUGUGAAAAUAGAGGCCUCAAAGAAAUUCCUGCUAUUCCUUCAAGAAUUUGGUAUCUUUAUCUUCAAAACAACCUGAUAGAAACCAUUCCUGAAAAGCCAUUUGAGAAUGCCACCCAGUUAAGAUGGAUAAAUCUAAACAAGAACAAAAUAACCAACUAUGGAAUUGAAAAAGGAGCCCUAAGCCAGCUAAAGAAGUUGCUCUUCCUAUUUCUGGAAGAUAAUGAGCUAGAGGAGGUACCUUCUCCAUUGCCAAGAAGUUUAGAACAAUUACAAUUAGCUAGAAAUAAGGUGUCCAGAAUUCCUCAAGGGACUUUCAGCAAUCUGGAGAACCUGACCCUUCUUGACCUACAGAACAAUAAAUUAGUGGACAAUGCCUUUCAAAGAGACACUUUUAAAGGACUCAAGAACCUCAUGCAGCUAAACAUGGCCAAGAAUGCCCUGAGGAAUAUGCCUCCAAGAUUACCAGCCAAUACAAUGCAAUUGUUUUUAGACAACAAUUCCAUUGAAGGAAUACCAGAAAAUUAUUUUAAUGUGAUUCCUAAAGUGGCCUUUUUGAGACUAAAUCACAACAAAUUAUCAGAUGAGGGUCUCCCAUCAAGAGGAUUUGAUGUAUCAUCAAUUCUAGAUCUUCAGCUGUCACACAAUCAACUCACAAAGGUUCCCCGAAUCAGUGCUCAUCUGCAGCACCUUCACCUUGAUCAUAACAAAAUUAAAAGUGUGAAUGUCUCUGUAAUAUGUCCCAGCCCAUCCACACUGCCUGCAGAACGAGAUUCCUUCAGUUAUGGACCUCAUCUUCGCUACCUCCGUCUGGAUGGAAACGAAAUCAAACCACCAGUCCCAAUGGCUUUAAUGACCUGCUUCAGACUUCUGCAGGCUGUCAUUAUUUAAACACAUUCUCACCAAAUCUAAGAUUAGUUUAAUAAGCUAAUGUUUCUGACAUGAAAUGUGGUUACCAUUAAUAGGCUUAGGACACAAGUCAUAUUCCCCAUUGCUCUCGGCCACCAUUUUCAUUUGUGCAGUGUAUUUUUUUCUAUUCAAAGAUGCUUUUGCCAGUUACAUGCAGCACAGUCUGCAUUAAUUUGCUUUUCUUUUAAUUAAUAAAACAGACACAGAGUUAAGAUAGCUUAUCAACUCAAAGAUAGUUUUAUUUUGGUAUCUUCCAUAGCUUAUUAACACUAAAUAACACAAUUAUAUUCUUAUAUAAUAAAAAGAACAUAUUUGUGUAUCUUUAAAAUUACUUAUGCAGAUACCAUAAUUUACAGUAUAAAUGUAAUAAUCAAACAGGAGGAGAAUGACCUGAAGAAAAUGAGAAAAUAAGAUAUUUCUUAAUUGUAAUCAUAAUAAAAUAAUUGCAGAUUGCUCAGUAACUUUCAGCAGUACAAGUUUGAUAUUUAGCUUGAGGAUGGGUAUGGAAUGAAUCAAAUACUUAAUCACUAAAUAAUUCUUGUUAUUUAAUAUCAAAUAAUGAAACAGUAAUCAUUUCUAGUUCAUUACCAUUUCUUGUAGCUGUUGUUUUUA